AGUAUUAAAGCCCUGUGUGGGUGGUGAUACACACACACACACACACACAAUACUAGAACCUCUUUCUUCCUCUUCCUUUACCAACUCUUCUCUCACACACACUGCCCUUUCCUAUACCCACUGUUCUCCUGGUCAUGACGGAAGAAGAAAACUCAUACGACUACGUGUUUAAACUCGUUGUUGUCGGUGCGUCAGGAGUGGGGAAAACGAACUUGCUUGGCCGCUUUGUCCACGACACGUUUGAGUUGGCAACCAAAAGCACGAUAGGACUUGAUUUAAAUAUAAAGACAAUGACUAUUGACGACAAACGGGUACGCGUACAGGUUUGGGACACGGCAGGUCAAGAGCGGUAUCGGUCUAUCACUAAACGAUACUAUCGAGGUGCGGUGGGAGCCUUAUUAGUCUACGACAUUACACGCCACGAUACGUUUGAAGAUAUUCCACGAUGGCUGGGCGAGCUACGACUUAACGACGCACAUCCAGAUUCUAUUGUAAUGCUGGUGGGCAACAAGUCGGAUCUGGCCGAGGAUCAGCGAGCUGUUCCGCAAGACGAGGCCACACAGUACGCAGAAGAGAACAAGCUGUUGUUUAUGGAAACAUCUGCAUUGGAUCGCACAAACGUCGACAAGGCAUUUGAAACUUUGGUGUAUCAGAUAUUCAAGAAAAUGUCAGGAAGAUUGACAACGCUGGGGGAUAAGCAGGCCAUGAUGAUGCGGGGGGAGGCGAUCAAGUUGGAUCACGCACCCGGCGCCAACGGUAGUUCUGCAGCCAAUACAUGCAGUUGCUAAAGAAAGAAGAAUGUAUAUAUUUGAAUAUGACUUAUUAUCUAAAACUACUACUACUACUACUAUUAUCUGCCUAACUCUUACUACGUUGUCACUACUG